AUGCAGGGCCGCUGGUGGCGUGCUCAUCGUAAUAAGACGUGUAUUCAAGCACCUCAUUGUCGUCAGGGCUUCCAGGGGCCUCAGAACGAUAGUCUAAAAGCUCAUAACUCCUCCCCUUUCUCACGCUUCUCCAAUCCUCCACUUUUGAGGCUAUUGCCUUGGGGUCUGCAAUGCAAGUCUGCUGUCGUUUCUGUGUUAUGUACGGAGAUGAGAGACCCUAAGAACUGGCAUCUGCCACUGUUGUUGGUGGUCAUUUUGGGCCUGAUGGGAUGCUCUGAGGGGCAGAUCCGGCUACAGUCCCCCAAACGUCUGUUCGACAAGUUGGUAGCCAUGAAGGCCAUCUCCGAAGAGACUUUCUACACACUCACCGGCUCGACUGCAUCUUUUGGAACUCCCACAUACGGUACUAUUCUCAGGGGACGCGCAUUUUAUACUCCGGAUCCUCGCCGCGUCGAGGCAGAUGGCACUGAGGCUGGUUUUCACUGCGACUCCUCGUAUUGCUCAUCUUUAAAGUCAGAAAUUGACUCCUGGAAGGCGAACGAGCUGCACGGAGGACUAGGACAUAUACAUGGCCACCGCUCCUUGAGCACUUCCUCGUAUUCUAGGGGAGAUCUCGUUCCCCUGCCCACCAAGAUUUCUGGCUGGGACGCUUUUCCUCUGUAUUCUUCCGGCAACACGCAGUGCCCACCAUUUGGCAUCAACAGCUGCGAUGGUGCGGCUAGCGUCUUUUGGUCCCUCAUGUUUGUUUUGUGUAGCGCAAAAACACAGCGCAUGCAGCCCCGUGUGUUCUGGGCUGCGUGUUCUGUGCUGCAGGUUGUGCUGUUUGUGGAUAGGGGAAUCUGCACCUUCGCAGCCAAGGUGGAAGUUGCACAAGGAUGCGGCGCAGAUGCUGUGGUGAUCGUCGAUCAUGGCACGCAGGAAUGGACAAGAGAAACCAUCCGGCACAAUAUUAUCAUGAGCGAUGAUGGAAAGGUGCGAAAUAUUCGCAUUCCGUCGAUUUUGGUGUCUAAACAGGACGGUGAGGCGUUCAAAGAAGAAAUUGUUUCAGGAGAGGAACCCGUCCUCGUAGAGCUGGAAUGGAGGAUGCCUUCGCAGUGGCCAGUGGCAGUCAACUUCUGGGCAGAUUCAGGAGACGUCAAGGAGGAGCUCUGUUUGUCUGAAGGCUUGUACUCCAAGUAUCCUCGCUUGUAUUGCUCGUUUGAACCCAACGCACAGGUUCUUGGACUUACUGGAAGCGAAGUGGUGCAGGAGGCACUCCUGGAGUCGUGCCUCUACUGGACAACCAAGACAGCGCCUCCUGGUCUAAAGGAUGCCGAGUUUUCCCGCGAGUGGUGGCUCUAUCAGCAACGGCUGGGGGACCCGAGAGACGGGUGCUCGUUUGAUGGCGAGGGAAAGAAUGCAUGGGGUCCUACAUGUUCUCGCCGAGUGCUCUCGGAAGUCCUCUCGGGGGGGCAGCUACGGGCUGUCGAGUUGUGCAUGGCUGAUGAGAAUGGACGCCGUUUGCUUGAAUUCUCCAAAAACAACCGUGGAUGGACAGUUGUGGCGGUGACCAUCAAUGGCGCGCGGUAUAGCGGGCAGCUCACGCCGGAGUCGGUGCUCCGAGCGAUCUGCUCCGCAACAGCACACCCUCUUACCAACAAGUACCGCUCAGAAGCAUGCAACAGCAUCGUCGUGGACUCGCACACUCAAGGUGCACCUUGGCUGCGAGCCAAUCUGGACUGGCGUAGCUUUUUCUUUGUAUUGUUCCUGGUGGUGGUAAUUUGCGUGGGCCUGAGUUACUUGUACUACCGUUAUGCAAAGCAGCAGUUUGUGGAUCGCAUGCAACGCCGUGUACAGCACGAAGUGCAGCAGCAGUUGCAACUGUAUCACCGGAUGGAAGAGCCCACCCCACGAAAGCCCGCUGCAGCAGAGUGCAACCGGCUCGUAUAG